GUCAUUCCCCGAAGUGUCAUAGAAGGGGCGGGGCAUCUGGAUCGGGGAUGAGCUUUAAACAUGAGAACAUAACCUAGGGUUGUGUUCCCAAUAAUAAUAGUCGUUUCGACUUCAAAAAGCGCUUCCAGCUGCAAGGGUGCAUGAGGAGCGACAGAGUAAAGAGUUUUACCUCGAUUAGGUAGCGAAGGAGGUGAGAGCAGGAGUCGAAGAAGGGGGCUGUGGUUGGAUUUAGUGAAAGAAAACAAUAUGGCCGCGGUGGAGCUGGAAUGGAUCCCUGAGACCCUGUACAACACCGCUAUCUCAGCCGUGGUCGAUAACUACGGCCGAUCCAGACGGGACAUACGCUCUCUGCCUGAAAAUAUACAGUUUGAUGUCUACUACAAGCUUUACCAGCAGGGCCGGCUCUGCCAGCUGGGAGGGGAGUUCUGUGAGCUGGAGGUCUUUGCAAAAGUCCUCCGGGCCUCCGACAAAAGGCACCUCUUGCAUCACUGCUUCCAGGCUCUGAUGGACCACGGUGUGAAGGUUGCUUCAGUCCUGGCCAACUCCUUCAGUCGCAGAUGUUCGUACAUUGCAGAGUCAGAUGCGCAUGUCAAAGAGAAAGCUAUACAAUUCGGGUUUGUUCUAGGUGGCUUCUUAUCUGAUGCCGGAUGGUAUGGAGACGCAGAGAAGGUCUUUCUGUCGUGUCUCCAACUGUGCACACUACACGAUGAGGUUCUUCACUGGUACCGUGCAGUGGAGUGCUGCGUCAGGUUACUUCACGUGCGUAAUGGCAAUUGCAAAUACCACCUCGGAGAAGAAACCUUUAAACUGGCCCAGUCUUACAUGGAUAAACUGGCCAAACAUGGCCAUCAGGCCAAUAAGGCUGCCCUGUAUGGAGAACUUUGUGCCCUGCUCUUUGCCAAAAGCCACUAUGAUGAGGCAUAUAGGUGGUGUAUAGAAGCUAUGAGGGAGAUAACAGUUGGCUUACCUGUGAAAGUAGUAGUUGAUGUUCUCAGACAAGCCUCAAAGGCUUGUGUCGUAAAACGGGAAUUCAGGAAAGCUGAACAACUGAUAAAACAUGCAGUGUUUUUGGCACGGGAACAUUUUGGACACAAGCACCCCAAAUAUUCCGAUACGUUACUAGAUUAUGGGUUUUAUCUCUUAAAUGUGGAUAACAUCUGUCAAUCAGUGAUCAUUUACCAGACUGCAUUGGAUAUUCGGCAGUCAGUGUUUGGAGGAAAAAACAUCCAUGUUGCCACUGCACAUGAAGACCUGGCAUACUCGUCUUAUGUCCAUCAGUACAGCUCUGGUAAAUUCGACAACGCACUAUUUCAUGCAGAACGUGCCAUAGACAUCAUAACUCAUAUUCUCCCUGAAGACCAUCUGCUGUUGGCCUCAUCCAAAAGAGUGAAAGCACUUAUCCUGGAAGAGAUAGCCAUUGAUUGCCAUAACAAGGAAACUGAGGAACGCCUACUCCAGGAGGCUCAUGAUCUGCACCUUUCCUCUCUCCAGUUGGCCAAAAAAGCCUUUGGGGAGUUUAACGUUCAGACGGCAAAACACUACGGCAACUUGGGCCGCCUCUACCAAUCCAUGCGCAAGUUCAAGGAGGCAGAGGAUAUGCACAUCAAGGCCAUUCAGAUCAAGGAGCAGCUUUUGGGGCAAGAGGACUAUGAGGUGGCUCUGUCAGUGGGACACUUGGCCUCACUCUACAACUACGACAUGAAUCAGUAUGAUGAUGCAGAGCGCCUCUACUUGCGCUCCAUCGCCAUUGGCAAGAAGCUGUUCGGGGAGGGUUACAGUGGACUGGAGUAUGACUACAGAGGCCUCAUAAAACUGUACAACUCGGUUGGAAACUAUGAGAAGGUCUUUGAGUACCACAAUAUUCUGUCCAACUGGAACCGGUUAAGGGACAGGCAGUUUGCAGUAGCGAACGCGCUGGAGGACGUCAACACGAGCCCCCAGGCCACGGACCAGGUGGUGCAGUCCUUCCUGUUAUCCCAGAGCCACGGAGCUGGACGCCCCUGCUUAGGCUAAUGGCCCACCACCUCUCAACUCAAAGAAAACAUGCACACACGCCCCCAUUUUCACACAAGUUCAAAGCGAUUUAUUCACAUGUAGUCGAGAUAUGGCGGGGGUUUGAUUAUGACCUUGAGUUUCUCGAGCUCCGAUCGGACCGUCAGUUCAACGUUUACCAGCAACUCCCCUUGCCCUGUUCUUUUCCUUACGAUGGGACAAAAACAAUGACAUCUGUCCAACCAUGCUAACACUCAUAUGAUGAACGAGCAACCAUUUGUUGAAGUUUUUCACAUAAACCGUUUCUUUGACUUCGAUGAGAAAAAAGAGCUUUGCUCAUCGACAACUUUUGCGCGUUUUCAUUUUUGUGUCACCAUUUUAUGUUUUGUAUCUGAAGGAGAGGUGCUACACACUACAGGAAUAGUUUGUUUGUUAUCACUGCAUUAUCAUUUGUGGAGGAAAUGCUUGGUGCAGCACCCACCGAAUGAGAUUCGAAAGGAAGGGAAAAUCCCUAUCGUUCCUAUAAAUGAGUGAAGCCGUAGAGAUGCAUGUCCCGCUUAACCUGAGGAUAAGAGCUUGACUUCGUGUAAUGCAAAGCUUUGCAUUGAGGAUUACCUGUGUGCUCUUUGGAAAAUGAGACCAGCCAUGUUACAUUAUGGACCAUUAUGUUUUGUUUUUUGCUUUUUUAAUGAUUCAUGUCAAGUGUGGAAUCUAUGGACCAGUGGGUUUAUUACUCCUCUAGAUACCAUGUUUUAAGUUUUCUGGUUUUGUAUUCCUUUAGUACUGACAUAGCUUAUUUUAAACUGCCAAUAAUUUAUAUGCAAGGUAUGCAAAUAACAUUGCAAAUGGAUGAGCCAAAAUAACUUCUGUGUGAAACCAUAGUUAAACGUCUUUUGCCAUAACAAAUCAACAGUGUGGGAGAAAAGUAUAUAAUGCUGGCUUUACUCAUUCGCAUAAACACACACACAAUAAGCUGGAGUGGUGGUAGUUAUGGGACCAGGUUUCCAUUCAGCGCUCAGGCGUGGAUUAACACCCAUGGGCAGCUGACUGGACACACUGAGAAAAGGGCCGAGCGCAGCGCUUGUCUUUGUGUAUAGGCACCCCGCAGGUGAAGCGGAUAGGUUUGUGGAUAUUGCAUGCGAGGGGUGUAAUUCAAUGCCUGUUUGUAUAGCGGGAGUUUCUGACCAUGCAAUAUUACAGUGAGGAUCAACUUUCCUCGUAUCACUGCCUUUCCGACCACUCCUGCUUUCAAUGAGUCCAAAAUCUACACAACUCCGUAACAAUAGGUUUGCUCUAAUUAAAGUUUACUGAUUGAGAAUUGUCAAGUCACCAGAAUCCAAAAAUGACUUUAGGGUAUCCAAAACGCAUUUUGUUUCAGUCAGCAGUCACUUAUUUUUAUUAUUUUUUGCAUUGCAGAAACAGAGCCUUGAUGCAAGUGCUGUUGUGGACCGAAAAAUUGCGUGAUGUUAAUGUCUUGCAUCUCAAGCUGAAGUCCCAGCCUUAGUCUUAAAGGACUCUCAGUCUUUUCAAAUAGCUCGUUUAAACCAGACCUCCACCUGCGGCUUUCCAGCACUGCCCCACCUGUAAACCGAGAUCACAUGCGAGGCACUUUGUAUUACAGCCACUUUCACUCCUUAGAAAUCCCUUCGUUGUUUUGUGUAAUGGUUAAAUGUUGAAGAAUUAGAUUUUUGGGAGUUCUCUCUAUCACAGAGAUAGCAGGGGAAUCAGAGCCGGGUUUCCGGAAGGAAUUGAACAUGCCUUGGUCAGAGAGAUAUGGAAUAUUGUAACAAAUAAACUGUGAUCUUGAAAACGUUUUAAGUGCAUUUCCAUUGACUGUUAAAUGUAGUAAAUGGAUUACGUGAAGUUCUUAUAUAAGAGGAUUUAGGAGUUUCUAAACUAUAAACAACAAGCAUAGUGCAUCGAAUGAAUUCACAAUGUAGCUCUGAUUGCUUCUGAAUGUGCAUUUAAGGGCUCAUUUGUCAACCAAUAAGAAAGAUCAUUCAGUGUGAUGUCAAAUAGCCACCAAAUUCCAGAAUGGGUCACGGCCCCCAUAGGUGCUUCUGGGUCACAUGUUCUUUUCUUUGCAUGUUUAAGUAAUUAUGUGUACAUAUAUAUAAAUGUAUAGCUACAAUUGGUAUUGUCCCAGUGAACUCCAUAGUGACAUAAACAGAAAAAAAAUACUUUGCAGUUCUAAAGUGUUGAUCACAGAAAUUUUUAACAUCCCCUGACAAUGAUGUGAGAGAAUAUCCUAUAUUUCACACAAUCUUGGCAUGGUUAUAUACACAGUAAACACAUAAAGCAAAAGCUUAUGAUGUCGCUACAACCUUGCAUGUUUCUUAGAAAUGUGCCCCCUGGGAGUUGAAGUGUGUAAUAAAUAACAGGUUUAUAAAAGGGACUGAUUACCGUGAAGAAUGAAUGCUUACUGCAUGAGGCCACGCUCAUCACAUUCAUUACUGAUAUAGAAGGGCAACAACGCUAAAUAAUCUUUAUAAAAUCCUCGGAUUCAUUUCUGCAAUGAUUGUGAUUUAGCUAUUUAGCAAAGUGCUUUUCUGAAUUUUCAGCUCUUGCAUCGCGGUGGUACCCUGAGCAUCAGGUAGGGUACUGGGACCCUUUAAGCUAAAAACAAAACAGAAGUGACUUCUCUUGGUUUUGUUUUCGGUUCAUUUUCAUCUCUACUCAUUUGAGACAUGCUUGAAUGCAGUGUUUUCUCCAAUGACAAAGAUGAGGAAAGUUAUUGUGUUAACAUUAAUACUGACUGUUACUAUUGAAACGUCAGUGACCUGUGCCACAAUGAACCACGAUAGGGUUCAGUCAUUGGCUAUAUGUUACUCACACCUCCGUAGAGCCUGCUGUACAUCUGUAACCACCAAAUCAUUAUUAAACUCAAUUGUAUCCACCAUUGUGAAAAUUUGUAAGUAAUUUUAACACGCACAGAAAGAACAAUAUACAGAUGUCUUACGGAUUACAAUGAGCAAUAUUGCUUUUAAGUAUUAAAAUGCUUUAUUUUUGCCUUUAA